CUCGGGGAUCUGAAAAGGACUCUUACAGUAGGCUGCCAUCUUUGUGCCAUAUGCUGGACCAAGCAAACCCAGGUUCUAUCGUCACUCAUUCUUCCAAUUCAAAUGGAGAAUUUGAGUAUUUUUUUAUGUCCCUUGAACCAUGGAGGGCUGGAUGGGAACAUUGCAUCCCAGUAAUCAUUGUUGACGGUUCGUUUAUAAAAUCUUAUUACAAGGGGACACUAUUAACAGCAUGCACUCAAGAUGCAAACAAGCAAAUUUUUCCACUUGCAUUUGCUAUCUGUAGUGUUGAAAAUACGGUGAACUGGACAUGGUUCUUUAAUAUGUUGAAAAAGUCUCUUAAACAUAGGGAUGACUUAUAUGUCGUGUCAGAUCGCCAUGAGGGAAUAUUAAAUGCUGUGCAUUCCGUGUUUCCACAUGCGGAACAUGGUUUUUGUGUUUACCAUAUUUUAGGAAAUAUAAAAUCCAAAUUUCAUGGAUCUGCAUGUUUGGUUUCUUGGAAGUUCUUACAGGCAGCCCGUGCGGGUUCGGUGUACGAAUGCGAACAAUAUCUCUCCAUGCUUGAUUAUGAUGACCCUCGUAUUCGAUCAUACUUGGAACGAAUUGGUAAUGACAAGUGGUCUCGUGCAUAUGCUAGCCGCAAUAGAUAUUCAGUCAUGAUGUCCAAUAAUGCAGAGUCUUUGAAUGCUGUUUGUGUCACUGCGCGUGAGUAUCCAAUUUGCAAGUUGAUAGAAUUUAUCGUCGGCACAAUGCAGAAAUGGUUUUGUGAUCGUAGAGAAGCUGCGGCAGCUAAUGAAUCUCGGUUAUCUUCUCAUUUUGAAUCCCAGCUGCUACUGUCUCAAUCAAACGCAGCUUUAAUGCAGGUUAGGCCAACAUGCAAUUUUGAAUCUGAGGUUUUUGACAGAAAAGGGAGGUCAUAUGUUGUCAAUUUACGAGCAGGAACUUGUUCUUGUCGUGAAUUUCAACUUGAUGGCUUCAUAUGUGUUCACGCUGUCGCUGCACUACGAUCUCGCCCUGGUCUUUCUUGUUAUGACUAUAUUCCUCAGUAUUAUACUAAUCAUAAUUGGAUUGCAGCUUACCAGGGUAUUAUUCAUCCAAUUGGUAGUGCCGACGGUUGGGUUGUUCCACCUGGUAUAUCCGAAACCAUUUGCAAGCCUCCCUCAUGUUCCAAGCGCCCACCUGGAAGACCCAAGAAGCGACGAAUACCAUCCAUUGGUGAACAUGUGAGGAAACAAAAGUGUUCUCGUUGCUCAAUGGUGGGUCACAACAAAAAGACAUGCAGAAACCCAAUCUCGCGUUGCUAAUUUUAUUUUAUUUAGUGUUUACUUUAUAAUGACAUUGAGUGUAUUCUUGCCUACACUGUUAUUUGUUUGACAUUCAGUCUCGUUUUUUAUAUUGAAACUUUGGGCGC